AUGGAUGAUUCUGAUAUGCGGGUGCGGAUGCGGGCGCGGGAUCUAAACCAGAUUGGGCUUGAUACAGAAACCUUGGAACCUUCGGAAACCUUGGAAGCCACGGACAGCCCCGGAGAUCACCACCGCAGAGUAUUUAAGGGGUUAGCCUCCGCACCCGCACCCGCAACCAUGUCGGCGGAUCAGGCGUGCCUUCGCUGUCGGAGACAGAAACGGAAAUGUGACAAGAUUCUUCCCUGCUGUACCCUUUGUAAAAGAUUGAAUAAGCUUUGUGAUUAUAUCCUUCCAACUCAAGCACCUCGUCUGCUGCCCGUGCUAGAUUGGGCUGACUUGACCCCCUCCAACCUGCGUCAUACACUCGAUGCUCAGGUCUCAUUAAUUGUGGGCGAUGGACUGCAGCUGCAAGCCGCCGCAGCCUUUUAUUUCCGAACUAUACAUACCUGGUUCCCUGUAGUGUCGGAGACCUGUUAUAGUAGCCGGCUAUCACACUUACGCGUCCAGACGGCCACUGCCCCAUCCGACUUAAGCCUCUUGAUCCUCUGUAUGGCCCUCGUCUGUAAGGAGCCCGUGGGAGGAGAGCUUCCUCUCUCGACCCGAUCGAUGCAUGCUUCGCUCAAGAGCUUUGUAGCCCUUCUCGAGGCGAUGGGGAUGAAUUCGUUGGAAAUGCUACAAUGUCGACUUCUCCUGACGAUCUUCGAAAUCGGCCAUGCCAUGUAUCCCUCCGCAUACAUAUCUAGUGCAGCCAACAUAUGCGCCGCAGUCUCCCUGGGGAUUAGUGCUACUUACGAGGACCUGUGCAAGGUUUUCCGGGACCCACAGAAAGCCGAGGAAGCACGACAAACCUGGCGCGGCAUCGCCGUCACUGACAGAUAUGUCUCGCUGGAAAAUGGCCAACCACCCAGUACUUACAGAGGACGAUCCAUAGAUGCGGUGGGGGGCAACAAGGACUCUGAAGAUUGGGCGAAGUUGGAAAUGGAUUCAUUCACCAAGUUAGCCCACGCAUCCCAGCUCUUAGACCAGGUGCUGGUUCAUGUCCAUGCGACCCAAUCGCGUUCCCUUUUUAGUGGCGUCGAGGGAGUUCAGAUCCUCAAAUCCCUAACGUCGUUUCUGGUGACCUUCCAAAGCGGUGAUUCCAACCCGCACCCUCUAUCGGAUAGUGCAUUGGCACUAUGUCGAAGUGCCAUGCUCGAAACCCUCGAGGUUGGAUCUCACAUGAAUAUCCCCGACAAUGAGUAUUGUAUCCAUACAUCACUCAAUAUACUCAAGUCCUUCGUCCAUGAGAUUUCUCGCGGAGGGGAAGCCUCGAUUGAGAUGACGACUUUGUCCGUGUUUCUCCCCCAUUGUCUAUACAAGGCCGCUAUGGUGUGUCUUGGCGAUGCGAGGGUGUCUGGUAGUGCCGAUUCGGAGCCAUUGAUCCGACCCUUGAAAGCCCUACUGGGCUAUCUGGGCAUGAGAUGGGUGGCCGCAACUGCCGGUGUCGACCCAAAUGUACGAUUUGAUGACCUAGACUCUGUUUUCUCGAGAGUCUCCGAGGACUGGGCUAGUGAAGAGAAAAGUGCUAAGCCUCCCAUGUUCAAUCCCAACAAGACUGAACAGCCUGCCCUUCGCUGGGACACGGGGAGUCCAAAUGCCCUUGGGGCUAUCUUGAUAAAGCCAAGGCUACGCAUUUUAUGA